AUGGCAACAGCGCGCGGCGCAUGCGCGCGCGGCGAGUGGCAGUGCGGCAACGGCGCAUGCGUGGCACGCGCCGCGCUGUGCGACGGCGCCGACGACUGCGGCGACUACACGGACGAGAGCCACUGCAACGUGGACGAGUGCUCGUUCGUGAACGGCGAGUGCGCCCACAACUGCACGGAGCUGGUGGUGGGCCGCGCCUGCUGGUGCCGCGCCGGCUGGCGGCUGGCGGCCGACGCGCGCGCCUGCGCGGACGUCGACGAGUGCGCCGAGGACGAGCCCUGCGACCACGUCUGCAGGAACACCGUCGGCAGCUUCGAGUGCUCGUGCGGCGCCGGGUACAAGCUCAUGGAGGACGGAGUCUCCUGCACGCCCGACUCGCCGGUGCGCGGCAGCCUGAUCUUCACGAACCGGUACUACAUCCGGCGCGCCACGCUGGGCGCCGGCGGCGGCCCGGGCGCCAGCUCGCUGCUGGUGCACGAGCUCAGCAACGCGGUGGCGCUGGACAUGCAGUGGGCGGACCGCUGCCUGUACUGGAGCGACGUGACGCGGCUGGGCUCCGCCAUCCGCCGCGCCUGCGGGGGCGCCAGCGCGCCGCACCAGCUACUGCACGGCGCCACGCUGCAGAACCCCGACGGGCUGGCUGUGGACUGGGUGGCCGGCAACCUGUACUGGUGCGACAAGGGCACCGACACCAUCGAGGUGUCCCGCGCCGACGGCCGCCACCGGCGCGUGGUACUGCGCGGCCAGCUGAGCGAGCCGCGCGCGCUGGCGCUGCUGCCGGCGCGCGGCUGGCUGUACUGGUCGGACUGGGGCGCGGCACCGCACAUCGGCCGCGCCGGCAUGGACGGCUCGGGCCGGCGGGUGCUGCUGAGCGCGGGGCUGUACUGGCCCAACGCGCUCACGCUGAGCCCCGCCUCGCAGGAGCUGUACUUCGCGGACGCGCGCCAGGACUACAUCGCCGUCGCCGACCUGGACGGCCGCAACGUGCGCGUGCUGUUCUCGCGAGAGCGCAUGCCGUGGCUGAGACUGCACCACGUGUUCGCGCUGGCGGUGUGGGACGGGCGCGUGUACUGGUCGGACUGGGAGACGCGCGCCAUCGAGUCGUGCCGGCGCCGGCCGUGGGCGGCCGGGGCGGUGGCGGGCGGGGCGGGCGGGGCGGCGGCCAACAGCUCGGGCGGCGCGUACGACUGCCGGGCGCUGGUGCAGACGGUGCACAAGCCCAUGGACCUGCGCGUGUACCACCCCGCGCGCCAGCCGCCCGCGCCAGAGCUGUCGGCGCGGUGCGCGGCGCUGAACUGCUCGGGGCUGUGCCUGCUGACGCCGGCUGCGGAGGGCGCGGGCGCGGGCGCGCGCUGCGCCUGCCCCGAGCACUGGGCGCUGGCGGCGGACGGGCGCUCGUGCUCGCCCAACUGCACGUCGGCGCACUUCGUGUGCGCGGCCGCGCUCAAGUGCAUCCCGUUCUGGUGGCGCUGCGACACGCAGGACGACUGCGGCGACGGCAGCGACGAGCCCGCGGCGUGCCCGCCCUUCCGCUGCGAGCCCGGCCAGUUCCAGUGCGACAGCGGGCGCUGCGUGCACCCGUCGCACAUCUGCGACGGCACGCCGCACUGCGCCGACGGCUCCGACGAGCGCGACUGCGACAAGUUCACGUGCCUGGCGUCGCAGUGGAAGUGCCGCGGCAACGCCACGGCGCGCGUGGCGGCGCGCUGCGUGGCGGCGGCGGCGCGCUGCGACGGCCGCGCCGACUGCCACGACGGGGACGACGAGGCCGCCUGCCCGCCGCGCACCUGUCCGCCGCACCACUUCACGUGUCGCAACGGCGCCUGCGUGCCGCUGGUGUGGGUGUGCGACGCGGACUCGGACUGCGGCGACGGCUCCGACGAGGGCGAGCAGUGCGCGGCGCGGACCUGCGCCCCCGCCGACUUCCGCUGCGGCUCGGGCCGCUGCAUCCCGCGCGAGUGGCUGUGCGACGCCGAGCCCGACUGCCCCGGCCGCGAGGACGAGGCGGCCUGCGGCGCGCCGCGCGCGCCCCCGCCCUGCGACCCCACCUACUUCCGCUGCCCCGACGGCCGCUGCGUGCCGGGCCGCUGGCGCUGCGAUGCGGACGACGACUGCGGGGACGGGGCCGACGAGCUGGGCUGUGAGCCGCGCCCUUGUUCAGAAUCUGAGUUCCGUUGCGGCUCGGGCGAAUGCGUGCGCGCUGCUCUGCGCUGCUCGGGCGCGCCGGACUGCGCCGACGCCAGUGACGAGGCGGACUGCGCGCCGCACUGCGGGCCCGGGGCGCGCGCCUGCCGCAGCGGCGCCACGUGCGUGCGCUCGGACUGGUGGUGCGACGGCGCGCCCGACUGCGCCGACGGCUCGGACGAGGCGGCUUGCGGCGCGGGCUCGGGUCGCUGCGGCGCGCGCCUGGACUGCGGCGGUGCGGCGCGCUGCGCGGCGGACGCGUGGCGCUGCGACGGGCGGCGCGACUGCGCGGACGGCCGCGACGAGGCGGCGGAGCUGUGCGGCGCGCUGGCGUGUCCGCCGCCCAUGUUCCGCUGCGCGGACGCGACGUGCCUGCCGCCCAACUUGGUGUGCGACGGUGUGGCGGACUGCGCGGGCGACGAGGACGACGCGGUCUGCGCUGGGCGGCGCGGGUUGGGCGGGCUGGGCGGGCUGGGCGGGCUGGGCGAGGAGUCCCCGUGCGCGCGCGACGAGGCGCUGUGCGAGGACGGGCGCUGCGUGGCCGCCAACUCGUCCUGCGCCAGCGGUACGUGA